CUAGAUGACUUUUAUUUAAAUUCAGUUCUACCUCGGAGAUAUGACGUCAUGAGAAACGUCACAAAGUGUCUGCCGCUAGUUACAGAAAUUUUAAACUCCGUGGAGAAGAAAGAGCCACGUUUCAAGGGCAUUUACUGCCAACAUCUUCCAAAAGACGGUAUUCGCGUGCUCUCCGCGAAGAAAUUCGAAAUAUUCCUCUACCUAAAUCCUACGGGGGCCUUCAGCGUGGUCGAGUUGGACAAUUUUAGCCCUGAAUUUCCAGGGACAGCCGCGAUGAAACUUGGCGACGGUCGAAAGAGGUCUAUGUCACUCUGGGUUGAGUUUAUCACGGCUUCAGGAUUCCUGUCUGCUAGAAAAUUGAGGUCGAGAUUUAGAAACUUAGUCAUCUCCGUCUUGUCCGAGAAAAGAUUUGAUCGAAAUGUCGCUAGACUCGUAGAUGAC